UGUUUCGACUAGAGUGUCGGGUACGAUGUCACCUACUUCUCCUUCUUUUAAUCAAAAGAUCUUGGGACAUGAUUUGGUGGGUUCACCUCCAUUGGGAAGUACGAGUGCUGGGAAUGGGAAUGCUAGUGGAAGUGAGGAUGGCAUUCUGGCUAAGGCUGCUAAACGGAUCACUUUGAUGAGGUCUUAAGACGAAGGUUCUUUUUUCUUAUACUCUUUCUUUCGGAUUUUUUUUACAUUGUGAUUAGUGGAGAAGGGAUGAAAGACAACUGGAGCAUGGUUUUGUGAUUGGUGUUUCUUUUGUUUUGUUGUAUCGUUUUGUUUUCGUGUGUGUGUGUGUGUGGGUGUUUGUUUUGCAUGUUUGUGUGCAUGUUUGAUGCAUAGUUUAAGAAAGUUUCUUAUGAAUGAUUUUGAUUAAAUCACAAAACGAGUUUUUAUAUAUAUGACAAUGUUUUUUUGGUUUUUUUUUGGUUUAUUUUUUAUUUUAUUUUAUUUGAUAUAUUUUACAAUAUAUAUGAAGAUUGAUUUUUUGUUUUAUGAUGUUUGGUUCAUUAUGAUUGUGAAAAACCAGUUUGCAUUUUCUUUUUUGAAGUUUAUUUUUUUCUUUUUUCUUUGAAGUUUGAGAAAUGGUUUUGAUUUGUAUAAGGGUUUUUUUUUGUUCAAGUUGAAGUAUAAUGAUAAUGAUAUUGGUUAUGUUCUAAUU